AUGUAUCGAAGCACACGCUCAACAAAACAGUCGUCCAAACUCAAGAUCCUCCCCGAGGAGCCUGAGGAUGGCACCAGCGGCGCUUCUUCUCCCAACAUCGGUACCAGUGGUGGAACCACAUCUGCACAAAGCAAUCCAGGCCCUGCUUCCGCAGGAUACAGUCGCAAGUCGUCCUACUCUGAGCCGCCAGCACCCACCGUAGCUCCAAACGCAAACGCUACAAACUCGGUCGACGACGACGACAGCUCCUCCGACGAUGCAGGCGAGGGCGAGGACGAAGAGGCGGUCGAGGUAUACAAGCAGCUGGAUCAGAUUCCGGAAGGCUCGAUGCGACGUGAUGCGAGGAGAUUGACAAAACGAUCGCGCGCCAAGCUGCCAAGGGUCACCGCCUACUCGACAGCCACCUCGUAUCGGAUGCGCGAGCUCACCAAAUGGCUCAAUGCGAGAAGGUCCAGUCACCAGACCAACGUGCUCACCUUUGACGAGUGUGUAUACACCACCUAUACCUACAAGCACGUCGACGAGGCAAGAGGCCUCCUUCCCUCGAAUGCGAAUGGCAACAGCAACGGCAAGCACCGAUCAACGCACCGCGAUACCGCUCCAUCCAAAGACGCUCCUGCAAAGACGGGCGAUCUGCUUGGCAUCCCUGAACUGCAGCAACAGGAUCAACAGCAAGAUGGCAAUGUUCAACCAGGCUCUGAAGCCGCCAACAAACGCAAACGCAGCCGUUUCUCGGUGGAAGACGUCAUCCCCGAGCUCUUCAUCAUGGACUACGGCACCAUUGUCAUCUGGGGCAUGACGUUGCAGGAGGAGAAGCGAUUUCUCCGCGAGCUCCGUCGGUUCGAAGUCGAACGUCUCGCCUCUGAAGACGUCGAGUCCGAAGAUCUGCACUGGUACCUCGCCGACUACUCGCGCAUCUACAACGACGUCAUCACUCUCCGCCGCGGAUCCUCGUACAUGACCAAGCUUUCGCUCUCGCACGCCCUCGCCCAGUCGACCAAGAUCUCGUUCUUCGAAGGCAUCAUCGACAACACGAUCGAAUCGACCAAGGACAUCCCGCAAUCCAUCGCCGAGAGCGGCAAGAUCGGCAUGCCGCCUGCCGAGAUCAUGAAGCAGAUCGGCCAUCUGUUCAUUCUGCGUAUGAACAUCCAUCUUGUCGGAAGCAUCGUCGAUUCGCCCGAGAUCUUCUGGAGACAGCCGGAUCUGGAACCGCUCUACUCGGCGGCGAGAAGCUACCUCGAGAUCCCCCAACGCAUCGAUUUGCUGAAUACCCGCGUCGAGGUGCUGCAGGACAUGCUGCAGCUGCUCAAGGAUCAAGUCACCAGUAGUCACUCGGAGUACCUCGAGAUCGUCGUGAUUUUGCUCAUCAUGCUCGAGAUCGUGUUGGGUGUAGCCACCAUGUUGGUGGAUCUGUACUUUGGGUAG